AUGGCAAUUGGGGUCGGUGACUCUCCGGGGAAGCGAAAAGUGAAACGGCCUCGUACCGAAGACAGUCGUGGUGAGCAAGUGACGCGAACAACGAACCCCGACCUCUGGUUCAACGACGGUAGCAUCAUCCUCGUCGCGAGAGGCGUCGCCUUCCGUGUCUACAAAGACUUGCUCGCCAAAUCACCCGCCGAGAAGAUCGAGGGUUGCCACAUCGUCCAUCUUGACGAUUCGCCCCUCGACGUCGCUAACAUGCUCAAGCUCGUCUUCUUCGGCACGCAGCUCUACCCGUCCGACGAGCAAGUAGGCUUCCCCUUUGUCGCCAGCUGGAUCAAGAUGGCCCACAAGUACCGCAUGGAAGGCACCCUCGCGCUCGCGCUCAAGCGCCUCAAGUCGUUCUUCAGCGACGACCUCGACGACUGGCUCGGGCUUCCAAGCACGGCGAGACCUACUGCAUCACUGUCGUCGAAGGAGCUGCUUCACGGCGUGGCCCUCGCAGACGGCGCCAUGGAGAGGCUGGACGACAAGGACAUCCAGAUGUGUAUGGAUGCGCGGAACGUCCUCACGGGCCGCACCAUCCUCUCGGUACUGGAGAUCUGGGCCUUGCCCGUCAGCUCGGGAUGCUACGACGAGGACGCUUGCCAGCGCGCUUUAGAGGCAGAGGUAGACGUCACACGCCUCGAAGACCGCUGGUUGGCCGACGGCGUGCAGCAAGAUGGUCCGGAGCCGGAUGAAGCUCGCGCAGCAGAGGCACUGGGCGAGUUUGUCCCAGAUGUUUGGAGUCUGGACCCCGCUCCGGGUCUCAAUAGGUCUGGCACGCGGCCACGCGGCAGCGAUGUGGGCGAGAACGACGACCAAGAUGAUGACGCGACGCAAGGUACCGCCGACGACGUCCCAUCGGACAACGAGAGCGCGGGCGAGGACGCCAACGAAGGGGACGUCCACGAGGAAGAUGCCACUGCGAAAGAUGCCAAGAAAGACUGCCGGCGGAGACGACAUUGA